AUGGCCGACAUCGACUUGGUAAACAGGGAUCCCAACAACAUCAAUGAUCACAUUAAGGUUGCGUUCGAGGACGUGCUGGCUGAGCCCGAGGCGGCCCACAGCAACAACUGUGUUUGGACCAACUCCUACAAGUGCUUCAACUGCUGGAAGACUCUGUGCUACACGAUCAGCACCUUGAUGUGCGGGAUCUGCAUCGCCGCCGAGUGGGGCUGCGAGUUCGCCUCCAUCGCCUUCUACCACGUGUGGGUGAUCACGCCCUGCUUCAAGGUCCUCGAGCUCAACUGCGGCAUCUGCCAGAAGCUCUACGGACUCUGUAUCCACUGCUGUCUCGACCCGUGCUGCGAGGCGUUUGGACUUCUCUUUUCAGCCUUUAAGAAAGACUGUUGA